GCCCGCAGAAGCAGCAAAAGUCCGGGCUGAAAACUGAAAUUUUUGCAAUAAUAUUAGUAUAGUUAAAAAAAAAAAUUAGCCUCUUUAGUUCAAAGGUUGACAGCCCACCAUCUGGACUCUGAUUAGUCCAACAAAUAUCGAAGGGUUUUCAGAUAAUGCGUCGCCGUCGGAAGGCACUUUCCCAUGGGUCGACUCGAGCCCGACAACGGACGCUCGCACCUGACAACGGCUUGGACGGCCGGGGAGAACCCGGUGCGUAUGCCGGGGAAGAGUUGGAUAUCGUGAUGCCAGUGCCGAUGAGCCUCGAGCAAGUCAGUGUGGUAUGUUUUCAACCAGCUUCCCACAAAAAAUGUGACAGAAUAUUGUCGGGCACCAUACAACUCGAAAGUGGUCUGAAUUUAAACUCAAGAAUUGCAUCUGGAAUUUACAGGCCCCAACAUUCAGCAGGAAGCAGGACAACAAAUCAAGGGGUCACCAGACUACAGAGGUCCAACUCCACUGACGAGACACUUUCCAUGUCAUCGAGGACUUCAUCCACUCCUGCGAGGAGCGUGAAAUUACCAACUCUUACUAAAAACACCCCAAAAAGUAACAGCAGUAAAUCAGCCAUCAAGCCUUGUCGUAAAAACUUAGGCGGUACCAGUAGUGGUAAAACUACAAAGAGCCAGCCGAAUCGAACAAAAAAAGAGCUUGCCAAUAAUGUAGACUUGAAGCCGGGGUCGGCACAGCAGGGGAAUGUCUCUGGUAAGCCCCCAAAGAAACCAAGGAGUGUCCCUCUCCUGGCUGCCAUAACACCUGACAAUGUUGAGGAGGAGAAGGCUAAGUUUUUCAGCAGCAACUACUCCUACAAUCCACAGUUUACGUACAAGACUCCACCGUCUGCUAAAUGUCUCCAAAGACAUGGGAAGGCAUCCGACAAGCUGAUUCAAUCGGCUAUAAAAAUCUUCAAAGUCACCCUUGAAAGAUUUAAGACCUACAAGAAGUUUGAAACCUCAACGGGUGGGAGACCCAUCACGACCUCCCAGUUCACGUCAAUGUUCCACCAGUACCUAGCCCAGGAGGGUCUCGUCAACAAAGUGGCACUCAACCUCAGUGUAACGCUGGUGGCCAGGGCGUUGAUGACGAGAAUGAACGGCCGGCCGACGCUUAAUGUCAGACCGAAUAUCUUGAAGUCACAGUGGUCAGACGGUUUGUUGAGGCAUGAAAUAGGCACUCAUUAUAUCCGAAGCGCAAACAACUGCGAACACCCGUGGAGUUCAGCCAAGGUUCGAAGAAGUCAUCGAAUUGGUCCAGUCAAAGCAACAGAAGAAGGCAUCGCAAGUCUUCACAGCGUCUUACUCCGCAAGGAGCCUGUCUUGUUCCGCUCAGCGAUGUUGUACUACUCCACCUACACUGCCUCCAAGAUGUCUUUUGUCGGCUUGUUUGCCGAUUUGGGAGUGUACGUCGAGGAUCCCGACAUAAGAUGGGAGUAUUGCCUGAGAGCAAAGCGUGGUCAGGUCGACACGUCUAAACCAGGAUGUUUUAAGAAAGACCAAGUGUACUUGGAAGGUGCCUUAAAGGUUCUACGCUAUCGCCACGUCAUCGACUUCCACACCCUGUACAAACUCGGGAAAGUCGCUCUGGAAGAUGUGGAGAACCUAAAGGGUCAUGCGGACCUCGACUCUCCCAACCUGAAAAUCCCAACCUUUAUGGAAGACCUCAAGGAAUAUCGUAAAAGACUAGACUACAUCAUGCUGAAGAACGGGCUAAACGAUGAAGAAUUGGCUGUUCUUUAUCCAGAGGAGUCACCAUGUAAGGCAGUGGCUGUUACAUUGCCAGUGGAACGCGAAGAGAGUUGUGAUGUUUUGGAGGAGGCAGGGCUAAGUUCUGAUGCGGAUGAUAAUUCAGAAGUACAUUAGCCGAUGAGUUGCCAGUGAAUAAUUCAUUAGUAUAUUAGCCGAUGAAUUGCCAGUGGGUAUAAUCAAAGUGGAUCCACAUGGAUUUAGUUGACGACCCAUGCUGUACUUAGACUAAAUUGUGUAACCAAACGGGAUCCAGCAAGUUGUUUAUUACAAGUGGGAGGGAUAGGGGAUUGGUUUAGCUUCAUUUGAGCAAUUUGAAAUGCUUUAUGCCAUGGUCAGGCAUGCAACUGUAACUUCACUAAAGGAGAGGAAAUUUCAAAAUGUCAAUGAUUUUGUAUAGUAUUUAAAAAAUUGGUAUGGUAAAAUUGAGAUUACAAAAAGAGGAAAUCAGCUGAUCCUAGGAGAAGUUGCAUGCUUGCAUUGUUCUCCCCGUACAAGCUUGCACGUCCGACUGAUACACGCAAUUGGUGUGUCGGUACAUCCAACAAAAUAUAUAUGGAACUAUUUCAUGUAUAAUUUCACCAACAAAAAUCAAGAGAAGACCAAAGAAUGCUCUAGCUUGCACGGCAGUUUUUUUUUUUUUACCAAGACCAACACCAAGUAGAAACCAUUCCAAAGACCUUGCUCAAUUUAGCUAAACAUCAUAAAAUUUACGUUGUAGGUCUAGUGAAUGCCCCAGAAUUUUGCAAAAUAAAUUGUCAGGGCCAACCUAGACUUGUGGACAAGUCGUUAAUGGUCUUCCGCAGUGAG